UCCAUGUCACCCCUUAAAUACAGCUGGCCAACCAGGCAACCACACAAUCCCCGUCUCACUACAUAAAUCGGGAGUUGACACGAUUAUUAUUGCACAUUUCCAUGCAUUCGCAUCUCCCAUCUCUCUCCCUCUCUCCCUAGUAGUACCUGCCUGAAAGGCUGAAACACAGCAAAUUAAUAAGAAGCUAGCAUUUUGCACAAGGCAAGGCAAGGAAACGGUUUUCCUGGUACUACUAGCUAGCUAGAUGAGGAGCCUACUGCACUCUUCACUCGGAACACUCAUACUAGCGUCGCUUCUGGUGCUGGCAUCGUCGCCGGCAGCGACAUCGCUGUCGGCCGACGGGCUGGCGCUGCUGGCGUUCAAGUCGGCGGUGACCGUCGACCCGUCGUCGGCACUCUCAUCCUGGUCCGCCAACGACACGGACCCGUGCCGCUGGCCAGGGGUGUCCUGCCUCAACACGUCCUCCACGGAGACCCGGGUCACGAGCCUGGCCGUGGCCGGGAAGAACCUCUCGGGUUACCUCCCCUCCGAGCUCGGAUCUCUCUCGUUCCUCCGCCGGCUCAACCUCCACGGCAACCGGCUCUCCGGCGCCGUCCCUCCAGCGCUCUCCAACGCCACGGCGCUGCGCUCCAUCUUCCUCUACGACAACAACCUCACGGGCGCGUUCCCGGCAUCCCUCUGCGACCUCCCGCGGCUGCAGAAUCUGGACUUAUCCUUCAACUCGCUCUCCGGCGCGCUCCCUGAGGGGCUCGCGCGAUGCAAGCAGCUGCAGCGGCUGCUGCUGUCGAGCAACGGAUUCUCGGGCGAGAUACCGGCAAGGGUCUUGCCGGAGAUGGUUAGCUUGCAGCUGCUCGACCUUUCGUCCAAUUCGUUAACGGGUAACAUCCCUCCUGAGCUCGGCAAGCUCCGUUCACUGGCUGGCACGCUGAACAUCUCCCGUAACCGGUUAUCCGGCGGAGUCCCGCCCGAGCUCGGACGGCUUCCCGCGACGGUCACCCUCGACCUCCGGUUCAACAACCUCUCGGGGGAGAUCCCGCAGUCCGGAUCCUUGGCGAGCCAGGGCCCGACCGCGUUCCUCAACAACCCCGGGCUCUGUGGGUUCCCGCUCCAGGUCCCCUGCCACGCGGCCCCACCGUCUUCGUCUUCUCCGCCGCCCCCGUCCCAGAGUUCCCAGGGCGUGGCCGUGGGGGGUGCCCGGCAGCCGAUAAAGACGAGCCUGAUCGUGCUCAUCUCCAUCGCCGACGCGGCGGGGGUCGCGCUCAUCGGCGUCAUCGUGGUGUACAUAUACUGGAAGUUGCGCGACAGCCGGCGCAACGACGACGACGACGACGAGGGGCGCCGCGGGCUCUUCGCGUGCCCGUGCUGCAUGCGCGCCGACGACGAUGAUACGUCGGACGAGUCGGAAACCGGGGGAGAGAAGAAAUGCGGCGGUGGAAGCACGGGAGGAGGAGGAGGAGGGGAGGAUGGGGAGCUGGUGGCGAUCGACAAGGGGUUCCAGAUGGAGCUGGACGAGCUGCUGCGGUCGUCGGCGUACGUGCUGGGUAAGGGGGGGAAGGGGAUCGUGUACAAGGUGGUGGUGGGCAACGGGACGACGCCCGUGGCCGUGCGCAGGCUCGGCGGCGGCAGCGCGGCGCACGAGAGGUAUAAGGAGUUCGCGGCGGAGGCCGGCGCCAUCGGCCGGGUGAGGCACGCCAAUGUGGUCAGGCUGCGCGCGUACUACUGGUCGCCCGACGAGAAGCUCGUCGUCACCGACUUCGUCAACAACGGCAACCUCGCCACGGCGUUGCGCGGGCGGUCCGGGCAGCCGAGCCUGUCGUGGUCACUGCGGCUGCGGGUCGCCAAGGGCGCGGCGCGCGGGCUGGCGCACCUCCACGAGUGCAGCCCCAGGCGGUACGUCCACGGCGAGGUCAAGCCUUCCAACGUCCUCCUAGAUUCCGACUAUAACGCCCUCCUCGCCGACUUCGGCCUCGCCCGCCUCCUCACCAUCGCCGGCUGCUCCGCGGACCACUCCGCCAACGCCAACGCAGGCAUGAUGGGCUGCGCGCUCCCGUACGUCAAGCCCGCCGCGCCGGACCGACCCAACGCGUACCGGGCCCCCGAGGCCCGCGUGCCCGGCGCCCGGCCCAGCCAGAAGUCCGACGUGUACUCCUUCGGCGUCCUGCUGCUGGAGCUGCUCACGGGGCGAUCGCCCGAUCACCAGGCGGCUUCGGCGUCCUUCUCGGGGGAUGGGGGGCAGCAGCAGCAGCAGGAGCCGGAGAUCGUGAGGUGGGUGAGGCAGGGGUUUGAGGACGCGCGGCCGCUGUCGGAGCUGGCCGACGAGGCCGUGCUGCGGGACGCCGGCGCGCGCAAGGAGGUGGUGGCGGCGUUCCACGUCGCGCUCGGGUGCGUCGAGCCCGACCUCGAGCGGCGGCCGCGGAUGAAGGCCGUCGCCGACAGCCUCGACAAGAUCGGGUCGUGAAAUCUCCUUCGUCAGGGGCACUGCCUUUGCCUUUCCGUUGUUCCUUGUCAGAGUAACGUUUCCUCGGUUUUUGUAUUGCAACGUUUUGUGUUAUAUAUAUUCUCUGUUUCUCUGUCGUUCCUUUUGGAUGCAGCGUUGCAGACUUGCAGUACAUAAUAUAGAAUGAUAACAUGUGUUUGCCUCUCUGUUUUCUUGGACAAACGUACACAUGCUGCAAGUAGCUACAGGAAAGAGUAAAAUGCCAUAAGGGUCCUUUUACUUGGACGCGUGGCUCACUCUCAACUAGCGAUCUUCUAAUCCUUGUACUUUGCCAAUGCCCUCAGUUUAGUCCUUUUCUCACAAGUUGAGGCACUAAA